AUGUUACUUGUUUCAGUGAUGUAUUCCCCGUGGAUAGUAGCGGUCAUUCUCACGGAUUUAUGCCAUGGUAAAGCACUCACAAGCAAUGGUAUUUUAUGCAUUUGUUUUCGCAAUAUUACAGAAGAAUCGAUAAUGGAUGAGACAGUGUUCAGCAAUCCAUUAUCAUUCGAUUAUAAUUUCGACGAUGAUGUGAGAAAACCAGCUGACAUUUAUGACGUUUAUGAUGAACUCGUACCGCAUUUACCGGGAUUCGUUCUUCACAAAAAUGGAAAGGAUAUUGGAUAUGCGCGGGUUCCAAUAGUGACGAGAAGAUUAUCAACGUGGUCCACUCCACCGCCAAGGCAUCGUAAAUAUGAGAAUUACGAUGCAUGGACACCAGCCUAUUACAGAACAUCAAGACCAAAGCCUCAAGUAAGGCCUCUGUCAUCAAAGUCACGUUCAACUGAUCCGAAAGCACUCCAUCAAAAAGCCAACAGGUCUGUUUUUCAUCACCGUUUACUCGUUUUGUUAAGGAUAGAAUUAAACGAGAAAUUGUUCGACGAUUUUGUGAAUUUAAAUAUUACGUUAUCAUCUGCGUGCCUCGCAACAAGACGCAACAUUAGGUGA